ACAUACUAAACCUGGUAUUAAUCCCGAUUCUGAUAUACUUAUAGUAUGUGUCGAUACCUACUAGUCAAAACUUUAGAGUACCCGGUGUUCUGUUGCUCUGGCCAUAUCAUAAUCCCGUAAUUUUCGAAACGUCCUAGACGCUGCUUCGAAUGACAGUUGUUGGCUCAUUUUGCGAGUCUUUGUAUCAACCAUCAAAUAUGUGGCAAGUCGAGAUAUUAUAAAAGGACGAUGAUUGGUUAGCUAUGUUUGAUGAAAUUAAAACAUGUAGAAAUCAUAUGUAACCCCGUAUUCAACCCCGUCAUCAUUUUGAUCUCAUGUGUCAGACCGGCCAGACCCACAUCGGUCAGACCCUCAUGCCGUUUUCACCAACAAGUACCGCGUGACAACUUCAAAACAUCAGAAACAUCAGAUGCGUUAGCUGUUCCUGAACUAAGAUUUUGGUCCAGCUCAGAUUUUCAAACACACAACCUUGAGGUGUAACCAGGUCCAAGAAGUUACUAAUGAUAAGCAAAAUCUGCAGAGCUGUGUCAGAGUCGAAAGAGUGUCUGAUAUUUCGCAGCCCUUGUAGUAAGAAGCGCCUUUAAUCAAACUCAGCAUGGUUUCCCGACAGUGAGCGGUUGCGAUGUUGGGCACAUCCUCUUGCCCUGUUUGGACGUAUUUCACACACGGUCAUUGCCAUGACGAAUCUUCGCAGCCACACUUACCUCGUACUGAAAUUGGCACAAGAUUGGCUGAAGGUGUACGUGAAUCUGUUCAUCAUCAUGGAAGUCAGCUGGAUAGCUGAAUGCUUGUCCACACAGAUAAAACCGAAACAGCUCUGGUACUUCACGGACAUCAUCAACGCCUCCCAGGGAACGCUGAUCUUCCUGCUGUUCAUCGUGCGCUCCUCCACACGCCGGGCGAUCAAAAACCGAUUUUUGGAGCUCACCAAAUACGGCUUUAACCCAUCUGCUCGCAAGGUGCACCCAGCGGGGAGAGACGACCAGAACCCGCCCUCCUCCCGUACCAAGACAACUGGGAGUGGCAACUCGGGCGCCAGCAGGAGCGCCCAGUCGGACGGCAUACCAAUGACCGAUGUCCAGCAAGGUGGCGCCGUCAAAACAGGGGAGGCGAACAGUGACAACAGCAAGGCGACGCCAUGCAACCCCGACAAGAGCACCCACGACAAUCCGUGCUAAGUGCGCUGUCCGUCGCCCGUUCGAUGAGCAAACGGCAUGUGUGGGCCGACGGGGCGCUGGAGGAGAGACUGUAGACGCACAGUGUCAUGACUGGGCACGCAGGGCACGUCCCGUCGAUCGUGCCACACCGCUGAACUGAAGACCGUGCUCCUGUUAAAUCGCUGUUGCACUGGUGUGUUUUGACUCGCUCUGCGCUUGUUUGCGUCGCUUGUGAAGUAUGCUGGCACGAACUCUGGCUGGGAGGACAGCACGGGGUAGUGUUGUCUGUGUAUCUCAUGCGGCGCCGCAGCCGGCUAAAUGCUCCCAUGAUAUGGUAGCGAGCCUCUCCGUACUGCUGGCUGGCACCGCCCUCGGCCUCAGUUUUCUCGGUGUUUGCCGCGACGUGUCCAUCUGUCCAGACACCUGUCGGCAAAUGUUUAUACUACAAGUACACUGCGCGCGGUUUGGUGGCAGCACGGGCGCGUGUCACGACUGACUUAUUUUGUCGUGUUGACUUCGUUGCCAUGUUAGUCAACGAUUGAUUGCUGAUAAGAUCAGAGAUUGUUCCACAGGAUAUUGUCUUAAAAUGGGACCUUUGCAAAACAAAUUUUACGCUUGACCACGUCGAGGAAACACUAAGGUGGUGUUAUGCUGUAUUUACCGUCGUCAUUACCGGUCACCCGUGGCUUUCUUGUCGAUAUCAUGGGAUCGUGCGUGCUGUAUGGUUACGUAACAUCACAUCGCUGUGAAGUCAAUGAUUCAUAUUGCGUUCAUCGUGAAAGUUUGAUGAGAUAGUCAUAUAAAAUAGGAAGCUGAUGAAGUAGAUGCAUUUUUUGUGUGCCUUGUUGGUUUACCAUUUUCGGAUAGAUACCCUGAGCGCCAUCGCAAUGGUCGAGUAAUUUGUUAUUGUGAUCAGCGGCAGGAAUGGAUGGCGUUAGCUACGCAUUGCUUGUUUAUUGUGGUCAUGCGAAUGGGUACGUCAUCUAGGGACGCACUCAGCCAGAAGGUGCCAUAUAGUAUAUACAUGAGAUAAGCAUGGUGGACAGUGGUACAUCAGCAGAGCGCAGUUGAUCUAUUAUGUUACAUAAGAUCUGAGGGCGUGCAUUGCUUGCCUGCCAAUUUUUUACUGCGUUGUCAUUCGUGUGCCAAGUAAAUUUGCAUGCCAUUGGAGAAAAGGCAUGAGAAUUUCAUAAGUUCAAAGCACCGCUCGGAUUUCACUGGUAUCAUUUGGGAGCUAUUGAUUUUGUCGUUGUUGACCGUGCCAUUGUUACUCUUUAUGACAGCGUGUCGUGUCGUGCUGUCGUAUCUGGCUUGACGCCGUCGAAUCAGAGUCAAUGCCAACGAACGUGAUUCCUGCGCUGUUGCAGUCACUGCCGCGGAAUCCGUCACGUUUUCAGUGCGUCGCGAGUUUACACCUUGUGAGAACACGCUCUUCGGGCUGCGGAUAAAUGUUUUGUUUGUUGCAUUACCGCCGUUGUAAUGGUGUCACCAAUGUGCCAUAAAUUGACGUAAGAAGGUAAGCUGGAAGUUUCAUUAUGAUGGACAUAAACACGAUGGUGCUUUAUGA